UCCCCCUGUUAAGAAAUCUUGUCCUCCGACUGUGAUUCCUUCAGCCCCUGAUCCUAUGCCCCCUCCCCCUUUGUAUCCUGGCCUCCCAGUUCUGGCCCCCUCAACGGAAAACCCCCCCCCCCCUCUCUGAGGAUAAUGCUUCAGCUGAAAGGGGUGAGCCGAACCACGAGGACCUUUCCAAACAGGAGUCCCCUUUAACCUCUCUGAGCUCCUCAAUAUCCGACCGCACCAGGAGCAAGACGGGCCCAGUAACAAAUCAAAACUCCGAGACACAGUGGAGGAUGUCGACUGAUUAUAACCCUGGGGAUAUUAGAUUUACCCUUAUUGGCUCCCCGGGCCAGAGUGGUAGGAUACACGAAAUGCCCCUGCAACGGAAUUAUUUGUGUCCACUGCGGGAAACUAUAGCCCCUGAGGGCAAUCUCACUAUGGUAUAUGUUCCCUUUACCACUAGUGAUCUAUAUAAUUGGAAACAACAGAAUCCCCCGUUCUCGGAAGAUCCCACCCCGCUGACAGCAGUGUUUGAGACCUUAAUUACGGCCCACAACCCUACUUGGGGUGACAUGAGGGUCGCUCUUAACACUCUAUUAACCGCGGAAGAGAGGCGCUUAGUCCUCUCAAGGGCCCGCGAGUGGGUAGCUGAGACGGAGGGAGACUCGGCCGCGGUGGCUGCGCGGCUGCCUGAAAGCCCUCCCAACUGGUCGCAUGUUGCGGCUGGCCGGGCCCACCAUAGCCAAUACGCUACGGCUAUAGUGCAGGGAAUGAAACGCUGCAUUAGGAAAACCCCAAAUUGGGCCAAAUUGUAUAAUAUAAGACAGGAAAGGAAUGAGAACCCAGCUGCUUUUUAUGAGCGGCUUUGUAAUAUUUGUAAAAGAUACACAGACCUCGAUCCUGAGGAUAUCAACGGGAAACGGGUGCUAAUCCCCCUUUUCAUUGGCCAGUCCUACGAGGACAUUAGAAAGAAGUUGCAAAAAUUGGAGGGGGCAUCGGGCAAGAAUAUAGAGGAACUUUUAGAAAUAGCCAUGAAGGUUUAUGAUCGGAGGGAUGAUGAGGAGCGAAAGAAAGGGGCCCACGUUCUGGCCAUGGCCCUGAGAGAAGGAUAUGUAGAAACGGGGGACAAGGUUAAGGAGAGGCCAGGGCCACCAGGGAAGGGGCGGGGCCCCCGCCUGGGCCGGAACCAGUGCGCUAUCUGUAGGGAAGAGGGGCACUGGAAGAAUGAAUGCCCCCGGCGACAGGCCAUGGGAAAAGAACGUAAAAACAAAACCCCGUCCCUUCCCAUCCUUUACAACAGCACGGGACGUUCAGGGGAGGGAUCUUCCCCAUAGGGAAGCCGGGGGACCCAAUGGCCCCUCCUGG